AUGAGUUCCACCAAUAAUAAUUUCAACACUAAUAAUAACAGUAAUACAGACCUCGAUCUGGACUGGAAAACUACAUUGAAUAUUCCCAAGAAGGAUACCAGACCACAGACCGACGAUGUUUUGAACACAAAGGGUAAUACUUUUGAAGAUUUUUAUUUGAAAAGAGAGCUGUUGAUGGGAAUUUUUGAAGCCGGUUUUGAAAAGCCAUCCCCCAUUCAAGAAGAGGCUAUUCCUGUAGCAAUAACCGGUAGAGACAUAUUGGCAAGAGCCAAGAAUGGUACAGGUAAGACCGCCGCGUUUGUCAUUCCAACAUUAGAAAAAGUCAAGCCAAAAUUAAAUAAAAUCCAAGCAUUGAUCAUGGUUCCCACAAGGGAAUUAGCUCUACAAACUUCACAAGUCGUCCGUACAUUGGGUAAGCACUGUGGUAUUUCAUGUAUGGUUACCACUGGUGGUACCAAUUUGAGAGAUGACAUUUUAAGACUAAAUGAAACAGUUCAUGUUUUGGUUGGUACUCCUGGUAGAGUGUUGGAUUUGGCCUCAAGGAAAGUAGCAGAUCUAUCUGAUUGCUCUUUGUUCAUCAUGGAUGAAGCUGAUAAAAUGUUAUCCCGUGAUUUUAAAACAAUAAUUGAACAAAUCUUGUCUUUUUUGCCACCAACUCACCAAUCUCUAUUAUUUAGUGCUACUUUCCCAUUGACAGUCAAGGAGUUCAUGGUUAAGCAUUUGCAUAAACCUUAUGAAAUUAAUUUAAUGGAAGAAUUAACUCUAAAGGGUAUCACCCAAUACUAUGCCUUCGUGGAAGAAAGACAAAAACUGCAUUGUUUAAACACUUUAUUUUCCAAGCUACAAAUUAAUCAAGCUAUCAUUUUCUGUAACUCUACGAACCGUGUAGAAUUGCUAGCCAAGAAGAUCACCGAUUUAGGUUAUUCGUGUUAUUAUUCCCAUGCCAGGAUGAAACAACAGGAAAGAAACAAAGUGUUCCACGAGUUUCGUCAAGGUAAAGUUCGUACUUUGGUCUGCUCGGAUUUAUUGACCCGUGGUAUUGAUAUUCAAGCUGUUAAUGUCGUUAUCAAUUUUGAUUUCCCAAAAACAGCAGAAACUUACCUACAUCGUAUUGGUAGAUCAGGUAGAUUUGGUCAUUUAGGUUUAGCAAUCAAUUUGAUCAAUUGGAAUGAUCGCUUCAACCUCUACAAGAUUGAACAAGAAUUGGGUACUGAAAUUGCCGCUAUUCCAGCCACAAUUGAUAAAUCAUUGUACGUGGCCGAAGACGAUGAAACUGUUCCUGUUCCAUUUCCUAUUGAACAGCAAAGCUACCAUCAACAAACAACACCUCAACAACAAUUACCACCUCAGCAACAAUUCGCUAUUCCUCCACAACAACAUCACCCACAAUUCAUGGUUCCUCCUCCACAACAUCAUCAACAACAAGCGUAUCCUCCAUUACAAAUGCCCCAACAGCAAGGGUACCCUCCACAGCAGGAACAUUUCAUGGCAAUGCCACCAGGACAACCACAACCCCAAUUUUAA